UGCUAUCCCCAAGGACAUCUGGGAGGAGGCCCGACAAGUCCUUGCGCAAGGAGUCAGUGCCGGGUCUGUUGACCCUGCUGAGGCAGGGGUGCCAUCCCAGUGUGUGGGGCAGGGAGGGCACCAGCAGCCACCAUCCAGGCCAUCUGACGUCAGUGUCCCCAUGUGAUCUGCCAGCUGAGGUCACACAUGAGGUGGCGCACCACCCUCUGCUUCCAAGAUCAGGUCCUGCGGCUCUCGCCCCGUGGCCACCAGCUCCCACUCAAACUGAACAGACUUCAGACCUACAGCUGGGAGCCCCUCUCCUGGGACCCUCCGAGUGCACGGCUGCGGGGGACACGCUGUAGGGGGUGGAAGUGGCAUGUGGGGAGAGCAGGGCCAGGCACAGCUGAGGCACAGCUGUCCCCGUGGCUCACCAUGAGCAUGGGUGCUCCUCAUUGCGGCUGCCAUCCUGUCGUGUGCGCCUUCUGCGAGCUCGCAGGCAGCCUCAUGGGAGCCUCUCUAGGCAGGUGUUAUCGUGACCACGUUUCACAGAUGAGGAAACUGAGGUUCAGGGCCACCGGCUGAUAACCCGGCGAAGUCUCCACCAGGCUGGCCCUCGAGGAGCACUGCCGCUCGGCCCCAUUCCCUCUAGCCUGACCAUGCCUCUGCCUGGCCACCUUCUGCCCGCCCUGGUCCUGCUCCUGGCAGGGUUCCCAGGCUGGGCCUGGGUCCCCAACCACUGCAAGACCCCCAGCGAGGCAGUGUGCAACUUCGUGUGUGACUGCAGGGACUGCUCCGAUGAGGCCCAGUGCGGUUACCAGGGGGCUUCACCCACCCUGGGCGCCCCCUUUGUCUGCGACUUUGAGCAGGACUCCUGUGGCUGGCGGGACAUCAGCACCUCCGGCUACAGCUGGCUCCGAGACCGGGCAGGAGCUGUGCUGGAGGGUCCAGGGCCACACUCAGACCACACUCUCGGCACCGACCUGGGCUGGUACAUGGCUGUUGGCACGCACCGUGGGAAGGAGGUGUCCACUGCAGCCCUGCGCUCUCCCAUCCUGCAUGAGGCAGGCCCUGCCUGUGAGCUGAGGCUCUGGUACCACACGGCCUCUGGAGAUGUGGCUGAGCUGCGCCUGGAGCUGACCCACAGUAUGGAGACACUGACCCUGUGGCAGAGCUCAGGGCCCUGGGGCCCAGGCUGGCAGGAGCUGGUGGUGGCCACCGGCCGCAUCCGGGGCAACUUCCGAGUGACCUUCUCUGCUACCCGAAAUGCUACCCACAGGGGCACUGUGGCCUUGGACGACGUGGCCUUCUGGGGCUGUGGACUGCCCACCCCCCAGGCGCGCUGCCUCCCGGGCCAUCAUCAUUGCCAGAACAAGGCCUGCGUGGAGCCCCAUCAGCUGUGCGACGGGGACGACAACUGUGGGGAUGGUUCAGAUGAGGACACUCCUCUCUGCAGCCACCACAUGGCCACUAACUUUGAGACAGGCCUGGGCCUGUGGGACAAUUUGGAGGGCUGGGCCCGGAACCACAGCAGCAGUAGCCCCGAGCGCCCCGCCUGGCCACGCCGUGACCACAGCUGGAACAGCGCACAGGGCUCCUUCCUGGUCUCCGUGGCCGAGCCCAGCGCCCCUGCCAUCCUGUCCAGUCCUGAGUUCCAAGCCUCAGGCCCCCACAACUGCUCGCUUGUCUUCUAUCACUACCUGCACGGCUCUGAGGCUGGCAGCCUCCAGCUGCUCCUGCAGACUGGGGGCCCCGGAGCCCCCCAGGCCCCCGUCCUGCUGCGCAGGCGUCAUGGGGAGCUGGGGGCCAUGUGGGUCCGAGACCGAGUUGACAUCCAGAGCAAGCACCCCUUCCGGAUCGUCCUGGCGGGGCAGACAGGGCCGGGGGGCAUUGUGGGCCUGGAUGACCUCAUCCUGUCAGACCACUGCAAACCAGUCCUGGUGGUGUCUGGCCCACCUCCGGGGCUCUGGGCCCCAGUGCCCUGGCCCCAGCCAUCCAGCCUGCAGCCCUGGGAUUUCUGUGAGCCAGGACAUCUCUCCUGUGGGGACCUGUGUGUCCCCCCAGAGCAGCUGUGUGACUUCCAGCAGCAGUGCAUGGGGGGCGAGGACGAGCAGGAGUGUGGCACCACGGACUUCGAGACCCCCAUGGCUGGGGGUUGGGAGGAUGCCAGCGUGGGGCGGCUGCAGUGGGGGCGUCACCUGGCCCAGGAAAGCAGGGUCCCUAGCACCCAUGCCAGCGGGGCUGCUGCUGGGCACUUCCUUUCCGUGCAAAGGGCCUGGGGGCAGCUGACGGCAGAGGCCCGGGUUCUCACACCAGCCCUGGGCCCCUCAGGCCCCCGCUGUGAACUCCACAUGGCUUACUAUUUUCAGAGUCACCCCCAAGGCUUCCUGGCGCUGGUCGUGGUGGAGGAUGGCAACCGCGAGCUGGUGUGGCAAGUCCCAAGCAGCAGCAGCGGAGGCUGGAAGGUGGACACGGUGCUUCUUGGGGCACGCCACCGGCCCUUCUGGCUGGAGUUUGUUGGCCUGGUGGACUUGGAUGGCCCUGGGCACCAGAGCGCGGGGGUGGACAACCUGAUCAUGAAGGACUGCAGCCCCACGGCGACCAGCGAGAAAGACACAGAGAUCUCAUGUAACUUUGAGCGGGACACAUGCGGCUGGCACAUCAGCCACCUCACAGACAGUCACUGGCACCGCAUGGAGAGCCAUGGCCCUGGGUACGACCACACCACAGGCCGAGGCUACUUCAUGCUCCUCGACCCCACAGACCCCCCAGCCCGGGGCCCUGGUGCCCAGCUGCUCACCCAGCCCCAGGUGCCGGCAGGCUCUCGGGAGUGUCUCUCCUUCUGGUACCACCUUCACGGACCCCAGAUCGGGACGCUGCGCCUGGUGAUGAGACGGGAUGGGGAGGUGGACACACACCUGUGGUCACGCUCUGGCACCCAUGGCAACCGCUGGCACGAGGCCUGGGCCACCCUCCACCACCAGCUGGACUCUGGCACCAAGUACCAAUUGCUGUUCGAGGGCCUCCGGAACGGGUACCACGGCACCAUGGCGCUGGAUGACGUGGCUGUGCGGCCUGGGCCCUGCUGGGCUCCCAAACGCUGCUCCUUCGAGGACUCAGCCUGUGGCUUCUCCACCAGGGGCCAGGGCCUCUGGAUGCGCCAGACCAAUGCCACAGGCCACACUGCCUGGGGCCCUCGUGCUGACCACACCACGGAGACGGCUCAGGGGCACUACAUGGUGGUGGACAUGAGCCCACAGGCCCUGCCCCGCGGCCACAUAGCCUCCCUGACCUCAGAGGAGCACAGGCCACUGGCCCAGCCUGCCUGCCUGACCUUCUGGUACCACCUGAGCCUCCAAAACCCAGGCACCCUGCAGGUCCACGUGGAGGAGGCCAGGAGACGCCAGGUGCUCAGCAUCAGUGCCCAUGGAGGGUUUGCCUGGCGCCUGGGCAGCGUGGAUGUACAGGCUGAGCAGGCCUGGAGGGUGGUGUUUGAGGCUGUGGCCGCCGGCGUGGAGCACUCCUACAUCGCUCUGGACGACCUGCUCCUCCAGGACGGGCCCUGCCCUCGGCCAGCUUCCUGUGACUUUGAGGCUGGCCUGUGUGGCUGGAGCCACCUGCCCUGGCCCAGCCUGGGCGGAUACAGCUGGGAUUGGAGCAGUGGAGACACACCCUCCCGCUACCCCCAGCCCAGUGUGGACCACACCCUGGGCACAGAGGCAGGCCACUUUGCUCUCUUUGAAACUGGCGUGCUGGGGCCUGGGGGCCGGGCGGCCUGGCUGCGCAGCCAGCCUCUGCCUCCCACCGCGGUCUCCUGCCUCCGCUUCUGGUACCACAUGGGCUUUCCCGAGCACUUCUACAAGGGUGAGCUGAGGGUGCUCCUGAGCAGUGCCCAGGGCCAGCUGGUCCUGUGGGGUGCGGGCGGGCACCUGCGGCACCAAUGGCUGGAAAGCCGCCUGGAAGUGGCCAGCACUGAGGAGUUCCAGAUCGUGUUUGAAGCCACGCUGGGUGGCCAGCCAGCCCUGGGGCCCAUUGCCCUGGAUGACAUUGAGUAUCUGGCCGGGCAGCGCUGCCAGCUGCCUGCACCCAGCCAGGGGGAUGCGGCAGUGGCCACAUCUCAGGCCACAGUGCCAGCUGUGGUUGGCGGUGCCCUCCUCCUCCUCGUGCUCCUGGUACUGCUGGCACUCGUGGGAAGGCACUGGCUGUGGAAGAAGGGGGACUGUGCCUUUGGGGCCAAGAGGGCAGCUGCAGCCCCAGGAUUUGACAACAUUCUCUUCAAUGCGGAUGGUGUCAUCCUGCCGGUGUCGGUCACCAACGACCAGUAGACGACUCAGAAAGGCCUCAGUUAGUCACAGGAGCCCCCACCGCACCCAGGACGCACCAAGACCCCACGUGCCCCCACCCUGCAGAGACAGCACCUCAGACACGGUCCUCACGCUGACAAUAAACGCCCAUCAGGGCAGCCCUGCUUGCUGGCUGAGGUCUGUGUAUGCACUGCCUGUCAGCGCAAAGUUGGGCUCCUUGGGAUCCCGCAUCCAACCCAACCUGCCUGAGUGGACAUGCUUGGGGGCACCUCCCACAUCUCAGUGACUCAAGUGACAGAAAACAGGCGGGCCAAACCAGAAAGGGACAGGGGCUAGAGACGCCAGGAUGUACACACAGUAGGACCCCAAGAAGCCACUGCUCCAGGCAAGGCAGGCACCCCAACACUUAGACCAGCCCCAGGUUCCCAACCUGUUGGGAAUCUGACCCAAGCUGUGUCCAGCCCCAGGUGCAGUGGGUAAUUCUGCAUCUGAUUUAGGACAGAGAAAUCCCCACAGACGCAGGGGACAGACUGAGCAGCAGACACUUAACUGGGUCCAAGGUGGCAUGGAGCUGCUCUGGU